GAUAAGUAGUUGAACCUUUUGGCUGUAACAGUCAACAUGUUCCGAUUAAUAUUAUUUCUUGUUUUUGUAACAAAUGUGUUUUGUGAAGAUAGUAGAGUUGUUAUGUUGGAUAUUGGAGGUGUGAGCGGGGAAAAAUUUUGGGAUGGUGAUUAUUAUGAAUUUUUCGGGAUUCCGUAUGCUACGGUGCCGAAAGGAAGAGACCGAUAUAAGGCACCUUUACCGGUAGAACCAUGGGAAGGAGUCAUGGGUGCUCAAACACGAAACAUCGCGUGUCAACAAGUCUACCUCACUGAGGAAGAAGACGAAGAAGUAAUUCUAGAUGGAGUAGAAGAAUGUUUGACUAUGAACAUUUUUGUUCCAAAAAUAGCUAGUGAAGAGAAUCUUGUACCAGUACUUGUGUACAUACACAGUGGAGCCUUUUCAGGAGGAAGUGGUAAUAUGGGAAGAUUUAACUAUCUAGCCCGCCAUGAUGUCGUUGUUGUCAGUUUUAACUACAGACUUGGAGCCAUAGGAUUUGCUUGCCUCGGUACAGAAGAUAUACCUGGUAAUGCCGCCAUGAAAGACCAAGUCGCUGCUCUGAAAUUCAUUAACAAAUACAUCAGCAAGUUUGGAGGUGAUCCUAAUAAAGUGACGCUAGCAGGGUUUAGUGUUGGUGCAAGUAUGGCUGAACUAUUAGCAUUAUCUAAGUCAGCUGGUCAUCUCAUUGAUAAACUUAUACUCGAAAGUGGAUCGGCAUUAUCACCUUUUGCAGUAGACAGGACUCCGGUGAAUACAGCAAGAAAUUUAGCGAUAUCCAUCGGAUUUAACAGCACAGGUACUCUUGAGGAGUUAAAUGAAUUCUUAUUAAACGCGAACAUAACAGAUUUGGCUGUUGAGAGUAAGAAGUUCUUCUUGACAAACAGUACUUUUGGUAUAGCACCUUGUGUUGAGAGAGAGAUUGAAAACGUCGAACCGUUUAUGACUGAACCUCCUUUGAUCACUCUUCACCGAGGAGAUUACAAGCAACUUCCAAUCCUAACUGGGUUCUCAAACAUGGAAGGUAUAAGUCGAACGAUCAAGUUAUAUGAUUGGAUGGACAUGAUGAAUGAGGAUUUCUCCGUCUUUUUACCAGCAGAUCUUAAAAUAGAUGACAAAAAAGCAAGAGAUGAUCUGAUAGCUGAUAUAAGGAAACUCUAUUUUAAAGGUGAAGAGGUAUCUUUUGACACCUUGCAAGGUUACGUAGAUUACUUCUCAGACUCAAUGUUCAAAUACGCCAUAAUGAAAUCAGCAAGACUACACUCAGUCAAAUCUGACAUGCCAGUGUUUUUGUAUGAAUUUUCUUACGUUGGAAAGUUGAACUUUAAGCAUCAUUAUAUGGAUAAACUAAAAGGUGCAAGCCAUAGAGACCAGACUGCUUAUUUGAUUGAUUUCUAUGAGCAUACUACCAGGUUGAAGGACUUCGAUACCAGAGACCGGUUGACAACAAUGUGGACAGAUUUUGUGAAAUAUGAAGACCCUACAGCUUACGAGAGCCUACUCAUCGAUCUGAAAUGGAAGAGGUAUACGAUUAAAGACCCUAACUACAUGGAAAUAAGUCACAAAUUAAAACUGAAAAAAGAUUUAUUCGCAAAACGCUUUCAGUUUUGGGACAAAGUUUAUGACAAGCAUUAUUGGAAUCCAAAUCCUCCUGUAAUCAAAUCUGAAAAUAAAAAAGCUUAAUUAAAUACUUGGAAA